CUCCGCUGGGAGUCCACCGAGAAAUUCAUUCACAUUGCCACGUCAUAGCAAGAUCAGGAUUCAAUUGCUCUUGCCAGGGAAGAGGCUAUUUCCACUUUUUGCCGAAGUAAAUUAGACCAACCAGACCCUACUUCUGUGCCUGCUUGCUUACCCUGACUGUGAAAUCCCCAUGGAUGCACCACCGCGAGGAGGAGGAGGAGUAGGCGCUCCACAGCAUCGGCAGCAGCCGCCUCCGCCACCGCCUCCCGGCGCCGGGAACCCCAUUCCUAUACUUCUGCUGUUCCUAGUCAUCGUAGCUAUGGUACUGGUUCCUUCAACAUCAAGCUUAAAGAGUAGCUUCACUAUCAUGCAUCAAGUGCCAGAAGGCCAUGUUGGGGUAUAUUGGAGAGGAGGUGCCCUUUUGAACACAAUCACAGAACCAGGUUUCCAUUUUAAGCUGCCUUUAAUAACCCAGUACGAGCCAGUUCAAGUCACCCUCCAGACAGACCUAGUGAGGGACAUUCCAUGUGGUACCAAAGGUGGUGUCAUGAUAAACUUUGAAAAGAUUGAGGUUGUUAAUCGACUUCGUAAGGAAUAUGUAUAUGACACCCUGUUGAACUAUGGAGUGCAGUAUGACAAUACUUGGAUUUAUGACAAAAUUCAUCAUGAAAUCAAUCAAUUCUGUAGCUCUCAUUCCCUCCAGCAGGUCUAUAUCGAUAUGUUUGAUCAGAUUGAUGAGAAGAUGAAAGAUGCCAUUCAGGUCGAUUGCACUAGGUAUGCUCCGGGCAUUGAAAUUUUAAGCGUCCGCGUAACAAAGCCUUUGAUUCCAGAGAGUAUAAGAAAGAAUUUCGAACAUAUGGAAGAAGAACGCACGAAGGUUUUAAUUGCUAUCGAGAAACAAAGAGUGGUGGAGAAAGAGGCAGAGACAGCGAAGAAGAUGGCUAUCAGUGAAGCCGAGAAAAGUGCCAGUGUGAGCAAGAUUCACAUGGAACAGAAGUUGAUGGAGAAGGAUAGUGAAAGGAUGCAGCAAGAGAUUGAAAACCACAUGUAUAUGGCUCAUGAGAAGAGUUUAGCAGAUGCUGCAUUCUACCGUGUGAUGAAAGAAGCUGAAGCAAACAAAUUGAAGCUGACCCCCCAGUUUCUGGAGCUGAAGUUCAUUGAAGCAAUAGCCGACAACACAAAGAUUUUCUUUGGGGAGAAGGUGCCAAAUAUGGUCCUUGAUCAGAGACUCCUGGGGAACUUCCUGCAUAGGAUGUCUGGAGAUGUAGCAGCUAAAGAGGCAAACUUGGAUGAGGUGUCGACGGGCGAUGGACGUAGUGAAAUCUGACAUCUAGGUAGUGAAUGGCUGAAGAUGUUCAAGUGAGUUUCAGGAGCUUGCUGUUGCUCUUAGUAGUUGUCAAUGGUUUGUACUUGUUUCUUGUUAUUCAUUGAAACUGAAAUGAAGUGGGAAGAAAGUUGUGUUGAAGUUUCAUGCCAUGCCGAUGCCAGCAAGAGAGGCUGUGCGAAAUUAACGAGAUCAGAGAGGGGGCAGUGGCACAUCACAUGUAUAAUAGAGCUAGAGCAUCAAGGGCCCACGGGUCAAUUGUCCAAAAACAAAUGUUCGCCGAAAACUAAACAUUGAAAGCUCUGUCUUCAUCUCUCCAUUUUUUUACUUCUCGAGUGUUCUCCUCCAUCCUACUCUUUGCUUCAAUAACUUGCGUAUGUCAAU